GCUGCCUCUACAGUCCCCCAGUCCGCAGCUGACAGACGCUGCACUGUGCUCCAGCACCUGCCUCUGCCUCCAGCCACAGCCUUCUACCGGCCCCUGUCCCAGCCCUCUGCCCGCCUCCCUGACCCUCCGGACAUCAACUUCUACCGGCCCCUGGCCCCUCUGCCCUGACCCUCCAGACACCACCUUCAACCCCUGACCCUUCAGCCCCCCCCCCCCCCCCCAGCCCAGCCCAAACCCUGGCCCUCCGUCCUGACCCUCCAGCCCCACUGAAGACAUGGUGCUCCACCACAAAGAGUUUGAGAAGGCUGGCCGCGCGGCCGGCCUGCAGGUGUGGAGGAUCGAGAGCCUGGAGCUGGCCCCCGUGCCCGAGGGCCUCCACGGGAGCUUCUUCACCGGCGACGCCUACCUGGUCCUGCGGACGACGAUGCAGAAGAACCACUCGUUCUACGACCUCCACUACUGGCUCGGGAAGGAGUGCAGCCAGGACGAGAGCACGGCCGCGGCCAUCUUCAGUGUCCAGCUGGACGACUUCCUGGGGGGCCGGCCGGUGCAGUACCGGGAGCUGCAGGGGGUGGAGUCCACCGCGUUCACCAGCCUCUUCAAGGGAGGCAUCACGUACAAAACAGGGGGAGUGUCAACAGGCUUCCACCAUGUGGUCACCAAUGACCUUUCUGCUCAGAGGCUCUUCCACAUCAAGGGCCGGCGUGUCGUCAGGGCGACGGAGGUCCUGCUCAGCUGGUCCAACUUUAAUAAGGGCGACUGCUUCAUCGUGGACCUCGGAGCGGUGAUUUACCAAUGGUGUGGUUCCAUGUGCAACAAGUUUGAGCGACUGAAGGCGAUGCAAGUAGCCAACGGUAUCCGUGACAACGAGAGAAAUGGGAGGGCCAAGCUUGUGGUUGUGGAAGAGGGAAACGAGCCAUCGAGUUUGACCGAGGUUCUGGGGAGAAAGCCAGAAUUACCGGAGGGCGAUGACAGCGAGGAUACAGUCGCUGACAUGGCCAAUAGAAAGAUCGCAAAACUAUACAUGGUGUCUGAUGCCUCGGGGGACAUGAAGGUGUCCCUUGUGUCAGAGGAAAACCCAUUCAACCAGGAGCAACUGCUGUCAGAUGAAUGCUUCAUCCUCGACAAUGGCAAGAACAAGAAGAUCUUUGUGUGGAAAGGACAUAAGGCCAACCCCAGUGAGAGGAGAGAGGCUAUGAAAACAGCUGAGGGCUUCAUCAAACAGAUGGGCUACGACCCAAACACACAGAUCCAGGUUCUCCCGGAGGCUGGGGAAACAGCCAUCUUCAGGCAGUUCUUCUCGGGCUGGAGGGAGAAGGACCAGAGCGAGGGCUUCGGGAAGGUCUACGUCACCAACAGAAUCGCCAAGAUCCAGCAGACCCAGUUCGACGCCUCGAAGCUCCACAGCUCCGCCCAAAUGGCGGCCCAGUACAACAUGGUGGACGACGGGAGUGGGGAAACCCAGAUCUGGAGGGUGGAGAGCAGCGGACGAGUUCCGGUGGACGCUGACACCUACGGUCAGUUCUACGGCGGAGACUGUUACAUCAUCCUGUACACAUACAGGAAGGGCCAGAUCAUCUACACCUGGCAGGGAGCCAGCUGCACCCUGGACGAGCUGACAGCCUCCGCCUUCCUCACGGUGGAGCUGGACCGGUCCCUGGGAGGGAACGCCGUCCAGGUCAGGGUCUCCCAGGGCAAGGAGCCCCCCCACCUCCUGAGUCUCUUUAAGACCACGCCCCUGAUAGUCUUUAAGAAUGGUACGUCCCGCCUGGGGGGUCAGGCCCCCCCACCUGCAACCCGCCUCUUCCAGGUGCGGAGGAAUCUGAGCACCAUUACAAGAAUCGCAGAGGUGGAGGCCAGGGCGUCCAGCCUGAACGCCAACGACGCCUUCCUGCUCAGGACGCCUGGGGGCCGGGGGUUCCUGUGGGUGGGCCGAGGGGCCAGCGGGGAAGAGGAGAAGGGGGCCCAGUACAUCAGCGAGAAGCUGGUGUGUAACAGCAAGCGCAUAGCAGAGGGGGAGGAGCCAGCGGACUUCUGGGAUGCGUUGGGCGGGAAGUCAGAUUAUCAGACCUCGGACAACCUGCAGAGUCAGAGCAUGAGUCAUCCCGUCCGUCUGUUCGGCUGCUCCAACAAGACCGGCACGUUUAUGGUGGAGGAGGUCCCGGGGGAGUUCACCCAGGAGGACCUGGCCGAGGACGACGUGAUGCUGCUGGACGUGUGGGACCAGGUCUUCCUUUGGUUUGGAAAGGACGCCAACGAUCUGGAAAGAACGGAGUCUGUCAGAUCGGCUCAACAGUACAUAGAGACCGACCCAGGGGGCCGGGACCCCCGGACCCCCGUGGUGACGGUAAAGCAGGGCCACGAGCCCGCCACCUUCACGGGCUGGUUCCUGGCCUGGGACCCCUCCUACACCGCCUUCAGCUCCCUGAAGCUGUAGCAGAGCAAGCCGUCUGGGCGGCGGGAGCGAGGACAAAGGAGCCAUGCGAGGGCUCCAUCUGAUCUGCACUGCAAGGGGAAUGACAAAUCGGUGCUGCGUAUGUUUUAAACUCAUGUUAUAAUUAUGUAAUCAACAUUGUUUUUAUAUCUAUAUAUGUUAAGGUAAAAGCCAAAGCAAACAGUAUUGCCUUUCAGUGUGUGUGUGUGGGGGGGGUGCGCGUGUCUGUGUGUGUGUCUGCGUGCUUGUGUGCACGCGAUGAAUAUAAUAUAUAAUAAUAUAUCUAUGAUAUCUAUAUAAUAAUAUAUAUAUAUAAUUCAUCGCUAAGUUGUCGUUGCAGGGCAGUCACCACAGGGUGGCGCCCGAGCAGCAUGGUACUCCGCGAUUUUUUUUGCUGAAACAGUACUUUAUUCACAGUUUAUUUGCAUGCUUCCCGCUUCUUGUGACUUACUGUUUAUUGAGUUGAAAUUGCCAGCAUGUUUGCAACAAUGUAAUGCUAGUAUUGGUAUCCGGUGCUUCACUUGGAAUAAACUGUUGAGGCAG